CUCUUUCUUUUCUCCCUUAUUUGGCAAACAAGAAAACAGUGUUGGCCCUAGGUACAAGAUAAAGACAAAAACUAACGGUUUAACAAAGUUUGCAUACCUACGUUACAAAACAUGUUGGGUUGCCCGUAUAUACCGUAUUUCUCACGUGAGAUUGAAAGUUUACUGAAAUAUUUGUUCCGGAAUGAGGCAAGGACACCGUUAGUUUAGAAGGGAUGCUUAUAUCAAAUUGAAUAGUAAUAACUUUUCCUAUCACUAGCUCGGUAUAUCAUCAUUUUAUCAGGAAAAACAUCAUCAUUCGUGUUUGUAAAGGACAUUCAAGAGGGCUUGCGUGAAUAACUAUGAUCAGAGGUACCAUCAGGUCUUCCUGCAGUGGUGAUGUAGCAGAUAUCCUUCGAAGCAUGAAAAACAUAAUGAUGUGGUCUGCUAGAGCUUGUCUCUACCCCUAUGCAUUCUUGUUGGGCAUCGUAACAGUCGUCGUCAUAUUUCAAUUGAUUAACAUCGUCGACCCACCUUACGUCAUCAAGUCUAAACACGGCAUCGAUGAAGUUGAUUAUGAUGACAAUCCUGCUGGACCUCCACCAAGAUGCAACUGGAAUGUUCACAUAUUCGAUAAGAUCAGGACAUUGAACAAAGCUUCAGAAUUUACAGCCUUGAUGUCAAAACUCAAAAAGGUGACGAAAUACAGAUAUGCAACAGGUAAACCCAUGGUAUGCAAAGGUGACCAGGGUCAGAUUCCGUGUUAUAUGAAGAUAACGGUAUCACUGAACGAGACGGACCUGCGAAACAAGGACGCGGUGGUCUUCGGGAUGUCCGCGGUAUCUAUGAGAGAGGCAAUAGCUCUAAUGACGUCUAAACGUCGGAUAGACCCCGAUCAACUUUGGGUCUUCAUGACGAUGUUAUCACCUCUUGAGAUGAAGAAGCGUUUUCCACGUAUCGGUAGUUUUCCAUCGCAUAUCACGUGGUCAUACCUGACGUCGUCCGACGUAGUUAAUCCGUAUGCACAAUAUUCCGUAAAUGAACCGACGGAUAAGUUCAACGUCACUUACGGUCACUACGUCAGGGGAAAACGGAAACUGGUGGCUUGGAUGGGGGACAAUUGCGGUGACAAAGACUUCUGGCCAAGGAAAGCCUAUCUGGCGGAGCUAAUGAAGCAUGUACCCGUGGAUCUUUAUGGAGAAUGUACUAAUCUUACGUGUCUCCCAAGAAACUCGGAGCAAUGUGGCAUGUUGAUGAGUCAAUACAAAUUUUUCCUUGCCUUUGAAAGUUCCGAAUGCCGGGAAUACAUCACGGAGCCUUUCUGGUUCACAGCCCUCAAACACCAAUCCGUACCUAUCGUCUAUGGUCCUAAGAAGGAUUCCUACCUCAAGCUGGCACCACCACUGUCUUUUAUUCACAUCUCAGACUUUGAGUCCCCACAAGCUCUGGCAAAUUACCUGAAGUCACUUGACAAAAACGAUGGAUUAUACUCUCGUUUCUUUAAGUGGCGACAUUCAGGGUCCUUAAAGCCCCGGUACCCUCCGUUCAAACCGGAAGCUUUGUGCAAACUACUCCCAUACAUAGAAGAUAUGAAGAUCAGAAAAUUUGAAAAGGAAACACUGUCAAAUACAAAAUGGCUGAGUAGUUGCAGAAAUAAAAAUAUAACUUCAGUGCAUUCAUUAAGUAACUGGACUCCUUGGAAAUAAUACAUUAUAUCUCGUCUUUUUAUGAGGUCCCUUUCGAUGGAUAAAACAUGACGAUGACGUUUGUUUUCACGAAAGUGCUUCAAGACAUUACGACAUUGUGAAUCCUGUGGACAAGAUGGCGGAGUUUUUUUCCGAUUACCCGAACUUGCUAUUUCAAUCAGGGAUGGCACGGAAGUGGGGGGGAUAAAUACAGCUAAGAGAUUAUUCAUUAUUAGUUUUCUUUAUUUUAUACUCGGUUUUAAAGAUUUAGUAAUAGGCGUAUAGCAUAAUAAUGUUUUCUCCUUUCUUUCAUUUUUUUUUUUUUUUGGGGGGGGGUGAUUUUUCAUUAUUUGAUAAAGAUAUGAUAUGGGAGGUCAUUUUUUGUAGCGGCGUAUGACCCUGCUUUGCCAGCUUCAAUAUGAUGGACUUUAUCACAAAGGUUCAAAUCAGAAUGGUACGACCAAAUGCAUUGAUAUACUACUAUGAUGGACUUUAUCACUGGUUCAAAUCAGAAUGGUACGACCAAAUGCAUUGAUAUACUACUAUGAUGGACUUUAUCACAAAGGUUCAAAUCAGAAUGGUUCUACCAAAUGCAUUGAUAUGCUACUAUGAUGGACUUUAUCACAAAGGUUCAAAUCAGAAUGGUACUACCAAAUGCAUUGAUUGAUAUGCUACUAUAUGGACACUCCAACUUACAACUAUCCAUAACAGCCAAGUCAGUGGCUAGCUAUCAACCCUGGUGUUAAAGAAGUUGGUAAAUGGUAAUGGUGCCAUUGGAUUUUGCUGUUUUAAAGAUUGGGUUAUUUUGGAGACGAUAAUGGCGCAGUCACAUAUAUACGGUGGCCGUACGGUGAGUCGAAAACAGCCGUUUACAUUUUUUGUACCAGUUACAAAAUAAGAUAGGUGGUUUGAAUAAAGAUGAAAUAAAACGGCUUUUUCGACUCAUCGUAUAUUGGAAAGGUGGCUGCAACAUAAAGAUCGGUCAGGUCUGAUUCAUCACCAAAAAUAUCGGCUGUUCCUUCACAAUCACCAUAAAAAUCGGCACAUGUUGAUUGUGAUAGACUGAAUAUAGUUCAAUUUUAAUGAAACGAUGUUAUUGUCCAAAGUUCCCUAUAUAAUAUAUGCAUGUUUUUUUAUAUAAAUCUUUUAAAGUCUGUAUUUCUUUAAAUUAUGAUUCUUUAUUUUUAUUUAUAUAAUUAAUUCUAUGUUCAGUUGAUCAUUUUUUUCCUUUCAUUUCUGUACUUUUCUUGUUUUCGGUGAGGGGGGGGGGUGGUGCGCAAUCACUAAAACUGCUCCAAUGGUUUUCUUUAUUUUAUGAGGGUUUUCAUUUAUUUUAUAUUUUGGAGGAGCGGGGUUGUUUCACAAUUCUUUCAUUUCAAUUGUUUUUUCUCUACCGUAUAUAAGCUAAUCAAAAAUCCUAAAACGAUUGAAUUUCAUAACAUUUUCACUUUCUCAUUUCCUUUAAUUCUUUCCUUUCUUCUUUUUUUUUCUUGGUCGUGAAACUUUUUUGUGGGGAGGAUCUAUGGCCCCAAAGCCCCGCGGUCUGUGCGCCAGUGCUACUAGUAUAUGAACAGACUAGUUUAACAGUAAUUUUAUUCCGUAAUAUCAUUAUUAUAACAUUGAUUUAUAACAUCAUACUUACAUUGCAAUGCGUGUUGUUAAUCAUCAUCUGAAUUAUUGAUAAAUUUAUCAUAGAAAUCAACAGAUAUACUAAUAGAUAUGGUCGACAAUUAGAUUAUGACUA